GUUGCCUAGCAAGUUCCACAUCUGCGGUGCAAAGUUUGAAGACGUGUUGCUCGACUUCUGUCCGUGCUUACACACCUUCAAACUCACAGCAGCUGCACGAAAACAACCUUUUUUUCCCCCGUCGAGGUCCAAGUGGCAACAUUGACGGUUCAAUAUGUCGGUCGCAGGAUUUAAGAAGCAAUUUUACAAAGCAAGUCAGUUGGUGAGUGAGAAGGUUGGUGGUGCAGAGGGAACCAAACUGAAUGAAGACUUCAAAGACCUUGAGAGGAGAGCAGAUGUGACCAGCAGAGCAGUGGUGGAAGUCAUUAAUAAAACAUCAGAGUACCUCCAGCCCAACCCAGCAACAAGAGCUAAGCUUUCGAUGCUUAACACAGUGUCCAAAAUCCGUGGGCAGGUUAAGAGUCCGGGCUACCCCCAGUCUGAGGGCCUCCUGGGGGAGUGCAUGACUAAGUAUGGACGGGAUAUGGGCGAGGACACUAACUUUGGUGGCGCUCUGAUAGACAUUGGAGAUUCAAUGAAGAGGUUGGCAGAGGUCAAGGACUCUCUGGAUAUUGAUGUGAAGCAGAACUUUAUUGACCCACUGCAGGCCGUUGCGGAGAAGGAUGUCAAAGACAUUCAGCACCAUCUUAAGAAGCUGGAGGGCCGCCGUCUGGACUAUGAUUACAAAAAGAAACGCCAAGGUAAAAUCCCAGACGAAGAACUUAGGCAGGCCCUGGAGAAGUUCCACGAGUCCAAAGAGAUGGCUGAAUGCUCCAUGCACAACCUGCUGGAAACAGAUGUGGAGCAGGUGAGUCAGCUGUCUUCUUUGGUGGAGUCCCUGCUGCAGUACCACAGACAGGCCACGCAGGUGCUCGAGGAGCUUUCUGACAAACUGAGAGAAAGAGUGAAUGAUGCUCAGUCUCGGCCAAGGCGUGAAUACACACCCAAGCCCAGACCAGCCUUUGACUAUGGAGAUGUGGAACAAUCUAAUGGAAGUUACGCCCCAGCUGCCGCGAGCCCUCCAGCUUACUCUCCUGCUGAUCCGUGCUGCAAAGCCCUGUAUGACUUCGAGCCAGAGAACGACGGAGAGCUGGCCUUCCAUGAGGGCGACAUCAUCACCUUGGUCAGUCAGAUCGAUGAGAACUGGUUGGAGGGAAGCAUUCGCGGCAAAUCUGGAUUCUUCCCUAACAAUUAUGUUGAAGUUGUAGUCCCUCUGCCAUAAUGAAAACAGCACGGCAAGAGAGGCACAGCAGGAAGAGAGGGGAAGAGAGAGCAUCAUUAAUUCUCAAAAGAUAUAUUUUCUUCAUUUUUAUGAAAGGGUAAACAUCUUCAUACAGGGACAUUAUUUGUGUAUCUAAAGUUAAUAGCUUUGUUUAACAUUACAUCAAGAUUUAAUGGAACAGUCAGGACAGUUUAAUUAGAAAAAAACAGCAAAACAAAUGUUUAGGUGCUUUUACAAAAAUCGAAAUCCUUUCAUUCAAACUCUAUGCACCUAUGCACUUUGUACACCUCCACCACUGGGACUGAUGAAGAAAGAUCCAGAGAAAAUUAUAUUAGUAAAAGCAUGCUGUACCAUACAAAACAACCUCUACCCUUAGAGGUUUGCACGCACAGACAAACACACACACCCACAUACAUGCAUACAUGCAUACAUGCAUAGACUUUACAUACAUAUGUAUACACAUACGCUUAUUAAGUAUAUAAUGUUUAGUUUUUUUAACUCAAAUAAAUCAAAUUCAGCAUAUUGGUACUUCACACAUGCAUUUCAAUGCAGUGUUUUAUACACCCAGUUUUUAGUUCUGUCUGCAGGCUUAGUGCUGUUGUUAUUGUAGAAUAACUACAUGGAGGACUGGCUGCCUCUUUUCAAUGAUUCAGACUAUCCUCCACUGCCCUCUGGUGGUACUAGUGAUCACUCUUAACCAUUUGUCAUAGAGGCUCUAUUACUAUACCCAUACAUAUCCAUACAUGGCUGCUUGUUUUAUGUUUGUCUUUUCCCUCAAAAAAAACCAAAAAAAACUGAAUCAAAUCAGCAUCUAUCAUUAACGGUCAGGUGUGUUAAAUGUUUUUCUAUCCCUACACUACCUUCGGAAAAAACUGAAGCAGCGUUACAAACAUUAACUCAGUUAAUUGAUGACAGAAAAGUUGUUUUAUGAUUGCUUUGCCUGAGAGUCCAGUUUUAUCACCUUCAUCACACUAAAGUAUAUCUGGGGUUCUUUAAUCCAUAGCUCCUACAUUGUUUCUUACUGCACUCCAUUCUCUUCUUAUAGAGCUGAUGCCAAAGAAAUGUUGCACAUGUUUCCUGAGGCUGCUUUUUGACAUUUGACAGAAACAUUGUUUGAACGCUCAGUUCUUGGAAGUUAAUUUAAAUAUUUGCGAACGCUUUUUUCCCUUUUAUUUACUACAUAUUUUAAGGAAGAGAAGUCGUUUGUUCCCAUUAUUGUUCAAACUCAACAGUAUGACACAAGAUUUCAGAAUCACUUGGAAGUCAUAAGAAUACAUCAGUUCCUUUAUUUUCUCUGGCUUAUUGAUACUGCUGGCAGUGUCACUCACAUUGUUUUGUGAGCUUUUACUAAACUGUCUACACAUUUUCAGUCUGGGAGUUGUUUGCUUCAAAUAGUGCUGGGGUAAGUUUUUGCUUUUCUACUCUGACCUCUAAUACAGAGCAUGAAAAUGAAUCUGAUGUGUUUUGGGUGUUUUUUUUGUACCUGCCUCAGUUUCCAGACUGAAACUGUGCACCACUCAUGACAGAAGAUGCUAUCUCCAAGCUAUUGUGUGCAGCAUUUACUUAUAAUGAGGAAGGCCUUCACACAAUAGCUGGUUUCAGUUUCAAUUAAGCCUAUUACAAGCUGAGUGUGAACUGAAAAUGUUUGUUUUGUUCACUAAAAUACCAACUUUCUCCUCUUGUAAUGAUCCCGUUGUCAGAACGCCCCCGCCCUACUCAUUGCUCCAAUCUCUGGUUUAACUGGGAGUGGAACAGACAGGUCUUUUCAGCUGGAGAGGGCACACAGCAAUGGAUUAUGUCCGCCCUCCCCCCACUGGUCUUUAUUCACCACCUGCCCCCUUACCCCUUACCCCUGUCCCCUUUCUCAUUAUCUGCUCCAUCCCAAUCCCAUGGUGCCUCUGGAGCUCAGUCUCCUGGUCCAUCCCUGGAAUAAUCUCAUUGUUGUCGUAGUAUGUGCCUCUUAAAUGAUAUAUUUUCAGUCCUGCUAUAUUCAUGUUAUGUGGAGGGCCAGAGGCUAUGCUGAGUAAUAAGUGUGUGGUUCAGGUGUGCGUUAACAUGCCUCAUUACACCAAACAAAAACCCUGAAAAGGAGAAUAUGAAGCAGGUUGAGCUAUUAUGCCGCUUGUAUAAUGUUUGACGAUGAAUGAUGUUGUGGAACCAAGAUCAAUUUUUGUGUGCUGCUGUCACAGCUGAAAUACUUGUGAACACUACGACUUUAGUAACACUGCAUUCGAUGGCUCUAUACCUGUUAGUGUCUCCACUUCACAAUAUUGAUAAAUGAAGUAUUAUCAGACUAAAAAGCUUUAUUUUAUUAUAACUUAUGUUAAUGGAAUUGUACGAGUUUAAAUGUAACUGCUUUGCAUGUGUCUUUAUUACAGCCGUUUGUGUCUUAAUGCAAUGAUUCAUCCUUGAACUGUGACGUGGGGGGGACCAAAAGUGGGAUUAUCCUGGAUUAUCUUUAGGAUAUGAAUUACCUCUAUACUAAAUGUAAUCUUCUGUGUUUUAAGUAUUGUAUAUUUUUUACUAUGUAAAGGGGCGUGGAUGCUGUUCUUCAAAUAAAUAUUUAGUCAUUUGG